AAAGGGAAUCACACUGAUUUAGUUUGUGUGUGUAGUCAACUUUUGUAGAGUCACUCAUAACCCUUUAAAUGUCAGGGAUCAGUGUGAAUCAUGUCAUGGUUUUGGAUUGCUUGUUUAGUGUAUCCUGUUUUAUUUUGUAAUGUCCUCGUGUCUGUAACUUUAUUUCCUGACGUUGCUGCGUGUCCUGCCAGUUUUUGUUGUUGUCUGUUCCAGCCUGAUUAGUUUCACAUGUGCCUCAUGUGUCAACUACACCUUGUCGUCUUGCCUUCACUGGUGUGUUUAGUCGCUGCUCCGUUUCAGUGUCAGUUCGUCUUUGUUCUUCUCCCUUUGCCUCAAUAUCCUCCAAUAUACAGUAUGUACGAGCAAAACAACCAGCCCUCGCAUAAAGAAGUUCCAAUUUCCUCCUUCCUCUUCAAAGUUGUUGGGUUUUUCACCGGGGACAUGCAUCUCUGCGGAAAAUGGGUUAAAAGACAGCCUUUAGUAGUUCAGCUGCUGGACUGGAUUUUCCGAGGUGUCGCCCAGGUCAUGUUCGUCAACAACCCUCUCAGUGGGCUCCUCAUCACGACCGGCCUCUUCCUACAGAACCCUUGGUGGGCUCUGAAUGGUCUGCUGGGUACCAUUGUGUCCACUGUGUCAGCCAUCUUACUGGGACAAAACAGGGAGGCCAUAUCGGCGGGUUUGUAUGGCUACAAUGGAACCUUGGUGGGCAUACUGAUGGCUGUUUUCUCAGCCAAAGGAAGCUGGUACUGGUGGCUGUUAUUGCCAAAUGGGUUCAUGUCCAUGAUGUGCCCAGUGGUUUCCAGUGCUUUGUCUUCAGUUGCCAGCAAAUGGGACCUCCCAAUAUUCACCUUGCCCUUUAAUAUUUUGGUGUGUCUACAUAUUGCAGCUACAGGACCCAACCACCCCUACUUUCCACAGGUCAACAUACAGCCAAAUGACCAUCUGCACCCUCCUAAUGACUCCAUCCAAAGCCUCAAUAUCACACAGCUAUUUCUGUCAGUGCCAGUUGGUGUUGGCCAGGUGUACGGCUGUGACAGUCCUUGGACAGGAGGUCUCAUCCUUCUGGCCCUGCUGCUUUCCUCACCGACUAUCGGUUUUCAUGCCAUAUUGGGCUCUGCUGCUGGCAUGCUGUCUGGUCUUGCUCUGGCGGCUCCUCACAAGGACAUUUACUCAGGCCUUUGGGGAUAUAACUGUGCUUUAUCCUGCAUUGCCAUUGGAGGUGUCUUCUAUGUCAUAACCUGGCAAACCCAUCUACUGGCUCUAAUAUGUGCAUUUUUCUGCGCAUACAUGACGGCAGCAAUCUCCAAACUGAUGUCUGUGCUUGCAAUACCAGCCUGCACGUGGCCUUUCUGCCUGUCAGCUUUCAUUUUCCUCCUUAUUUCCUCUGAGAUCCCAGCCAUCUGCAGACUCCCUCUGUAUGUGGUCUCCUGCCCUGAGGAGAAUCGACGCUACCAGAAACAAUUGAAGGCCGCAGAGAAAGCUCAGCACAGUCAACAGAGCAGCAGCCAAGACAAGGCCCAGCUGACAGAGGAUGGAGGUCCAGAUGUCGGCUGUAGUGACUAUGACUAGAGGGGAUGCACAUUUACUUCUGCAUGUUUAAUUACUAAAGAUGUAGGAGCAUUAUGGAUGUACAGUUUUGCUAUUUCCUCGCCUGCAAAGCAUUAUUGGUUGUAUAAAAUGGCUGGCAUAGGAGUGAGAAAUAUUUUCUGAAUGGCAAAUCAUUUCUUGCAAUGUAGCUAUUCUACACACCAGAGGGCAGCACUUCCCAAGAAAAGACAAAACCACUGUUGUUGCAUGCAAGUGUAAUAAUCUAGAGCAGACUUAAACGCAGCAAUACAAUUAUGUAUGACAACUUUGUUAGCAAUAAUAUACUUCAUAUAAAAUGCAGUCUUAGCCUCGACAGCACAAUUUUAGUGGUUGCUGUGAGGUGAUUUAAAAUGCAGCAGCUCGAGCGUUUCAUGAGUGCAGACAGUGAACUGUAGGGGAGAUUUCAUAAAGUGCUCCCCUAGCAAAAACACCCUCUUCUCUGCCAGGCAUAAUCCAUCUCUGCCUUCUGUACUCCAAUCUGUCCUAUUGUUUUCUCUUAUCGUUUCUCUUUACCUCUCUUUUUGGUUUCCUGCUGUGCCUCUCCCUCAGUUUGACAUGUUUUUUAUAAACCCUUUUUGCUUAUCUACUUCUCCCCCUUCUCUCCACUUCUCUCGUCUGCCAUUAUCUGUCAUCUUCUGCCCUCAUCCCCUUUUUUUUGAAGACAGCCUUUCUCCUGCUUCCUCAGAGAUUUUGGUGUCUGUGGGAAAGAAGCUAACAAGACGCCUGCUGAUAAAACAUACAUAGCACUGUCUGGGACUGUGUCUGCACUGAUAUUUACAUUUAUCAGUAAAUAGUUAUUGCCAUCUGCCUGUCUGUGCAUGGUGCGCCCGAGGCACAUGGCUUUAGUCUAGCCAGUGCUACACAUAAGAGACAGUCACACUCCCAGACAUGUGUGGGAGCUGUGGUACAUCGGGGGAGAAGGUGCGAGACAUGGCAAGGGAGAGAAGUUGAAAAUGAGAACGUCUCAUUUUCUUGCCCGGUGAUAAAAUAUGACUUGUUGUUUUCUCUGUCCUCCUUUUGAACCCGAUAACGACUCAAAUCAAACAGUUUUCUGCUUAACAUUCUACAGCCGUUACAGAGAGAAACCUUCUUCACUGGUGCCAGUAAUUUCUCUUAUCCACUGUAGCCUGUAGGUAAAAGUGACCUUAGUCAGUGGAUUUUUCUGUGGCCUUUUACACAGCGUUGAUUCAUCCGGCGACCUUUGAAGGACAGAAUAAGUGUUGGCAGUGGGACGAUGUGAGAUGAGGUUGGUGUUAGUGCUGUUUGCUCACAGCAGUGUGAUUCACCUUCCCAAGUCCCCUGCAGGCAGCACCUACUGCUCCCACAAAACACAACUGAACUUGUGAAGGAUAAAAACUCACCACACAGUCACGUUACAUCCACACACAUGCAGAGGAGAAAGCAUGAGCUUGUCUCUGUGUACCAGUUCAUUGUCUGAUCCAGUGUCAGAAUAGCAAGCCUCAUAUAACAAUGUAGGCCAAAGCAUUUUAUCAUUGUAGUUAAAAACAGAUCGACAGAGAGAAGAUUAUGACAGCACAAAGGACACAGCAACAGGAGAAGUAGGUCUAUUGUCUAUGUACUUGGAACUUGGGCCACAAAAGUCUGCAGAGCUCUGCUGCAGACCUCUCUCUUAAACAACCAGGGGGGAGGAUUUUGCUAUUAAAAAUUUAAAUAUGGUGGAUGUCACAGGGUUAGUGCCCUAUAAGAGGAUGCACAUUUGUCAACUAUGCACUUAAUGCAAUUCUCUUUAUUAAUCCAUCAAGUUGGCAACACGCUUAUAGAUCUGUACAUCUAGGUUGUGAGUCAGCUUAUUUUGUGUUUUCAUUAGAUAGCAAUAGUGAAAGAUUAUUACAUUUGUUGUGUUGUGUAGUCUAGAGCCCCUGAAGCUGUUACCAUGCCCCUUUGUGUUUCCACCCAAGAACCAGUCCUAUCCUACAUUAGUUAGAGCUACAUGCCCAAGAUGACAAUUCUAACACACAGGUAGGAGGCAUGUCAUUUUUUCUAUCUUAGUUUAAUAUGUUAGAUAGUGCUAAUUAACACUUAACAGGAGGUAUAACUGAAGCAGCUGAGAAAGCAUUUGGUCGUAAUCCAAAGUAUUAAAAGUCAGGGCAUCACCAAAGUCUUUACAACUCAUUCUGUUGGGGGACAAGAGUAUUUGUACCAAAUGUCAUUGUAGUUAUUUCACUAGAAAUCAAAGAUGGUAACCUUGUAGUAGUUAGAUAGAGUCAGGAGAUCACCAAGAUCAUUAGGAUGGGAACCAUGAAUGUAAGUACCAAAUUUUUGUGCCAAAUCAAUUGAGUACAUGUUGACAUAUAAGUGGAAAAAGUCAGGAGAUCACCAAAGUCAUUAGGGUUCAUCCUCUGGACACCAAGAACAUCUGUACCAAAUCUAAUGGCAAUCCAUACACAAGGUUGGUAAAAAAGAAUUGUUCUAUGUAUGAGCAAUAUUACAUAUAAGGUAGGAUGUAUCAUUGUUCUGACUGGCUGUAAAAGAAAAUAAAGGGAUAAUAUACUGUGUUUCCAUUUUAUUUUAAAUUAGCAUUUGAUUAUAAAACAUACACAUGUUAAAUUUUAACCCUGCACAACGCAAACAAAAAGCCAGAGUCAGUGACUAGUCUGUGCAGUUAUUAGUGAGCAUGUGAGAACACAAAACAACUGCACAAGAACAUUGGGCUGCAUGUAAUCUGUCCGCCUUCUCGCCACCUUGUAAUAACAGUGUCAGUGCAGCUUGGAACUUUAAUUAGCAUUAUUUGCUGUGAGAUUGACAGGCAACUGUGUAAGUGUUUCUGUGAGUGAGACAGCUUGAAUGUGUGGAAAAACAGGCCAAAAAAACAGAGUCAGACUGUUGCCGUGGGCAGAAAGAAUGGGAGCUAUGUAAGAGGCUGUUCUGAUUCACUCUAUCCUGCUCAAUCUGUGAAUAGUAUAUGUGAGAUCUGCUGCAUGACGCUCCUGGCUCACCAUAUCCCAACCAAAUUUGUAUGCCGUUUCCUGUAAGACGAAAGGAGAAUCCCCAGGAAACUCCAUCUCCCAUUGGAUGUAUGAAGCAUCACAGCAGAGGAAGCAUUGCCAUAUCUCCGGAAACAAGACCAGAGAUGGAGAAGGAGGAUGCAACAUCCGCGUGAUCAUCACCGGCGCACCAAUUGCUUUCCACCGAGCGAGCUGAGGACACCGGUAUCCCCUGCUGCGCGUGAGGAAAUGGGCGGAUCCGGGGAAAGCUCGGUCAUGAUGCGUGGGCUGAUGAGUGGAUAGUAAAAAGGGAGGUGCCGCGGUGGUAUUUAAGACAGAGCCGAGGAGAGCUCAGACAGCAAGAAGCUCGACAAAGCGAAGCGGUUUCAGCACCAGAACGCCUGGACAGCGACUCGUAGCCCCCCUUCUAGUAAAAGAAACAAACAAA